GGCUUCCGGCGGCGUGACCUGACCGCAAGAGGCCAAUGGAGUGCGCGAGCUGAAAGAGUCUUCGCUGGCGGCCGGUAACUGGCGGCGGUUGGGAACGGCCGAGUGUGGCUCUUCUGGUGUUUCAGCUUGGGGAGAGAGAGGCGGGCCUCCUCUUGCAGUUGAGGCCGGCGCCGGACCGGACUUCAGCCGGGUCUCGUGGCGGAGCCCAUCUUGCUCUCUCUCCCAGGCCUUUACCCACUCCCUAGGAUUCCCGGGGCCCUGUCGGUGGGAGUUGGGAGACGUGAGUUCCCUUCCAUUCUGCGCGUCUCAUUGGCUCUCUGACCUUGUGCGGAACGCGUCCUUUAGCUGACCUCAGCUGCCUUUUUUAGAAGAUGUAGAUUGUAUUCGCAGUGACUGUCAGCUUUUUAACGGCGGGAACUGACGUAGUGUUAAACACUGUCGUGUAUCGCUGGCAUAGCACAAGGACAUUAUAGGUAUUCUGUAAUCAAUAUAAGUUAUUUUGAGUCACAGACCUUUUGAAAAUCUCGUGUAAGCUAUGGCCCCUCCACCUCUCUAAUACUUCCCCCGGCCCCCGCCCCAAGCACACACAAAAGCUUAUGCAUAGGAAAUUUGUUUUACUAUUUCGGAUUACUUCCAAGAUCUCUCUCCUGAUGCCCAUCUAUGGAUCCCAGAGCCUGGCAAUACUGCUUUUAAAGAGACAGUGUUAGGGAUCUCGGAAGCACAGCCAACAUGUGUGACAUUGAAGAAGCCACUAACCACCUCCUAGAUGUGAACCUUCAUGAGAACCAGAAGUCUGUACAAGUGACAGAAAGUGACCUCAGAAGUGCAUCUGAGCUUCUAGUCACUAUUGGAGCCACUGUACCUACUGGCUUUGAGCAAACAGCUGCAGAUGAAGUGAGAGAGAAACUUGGGUCAUCAUGCAAAAUCAGCAGAGACCGUGGCAAGAUAUAUUUUGUCAUUUCAGUGGAAAGUCUGGCACAGGUUCAUUGUCUGAGAUCAGUUGAUAACUUAUUUGUGGUGGUUCAGGAGUUUCAAGAUUACCAGUUCAAACAAACAAAGGAAGAAGUUCUAAAGGAUUUUGAAGACUUGGCUGGAAAACUCCUGUGGUCAAACCCCUUAAAAGUGUGGAAAAUUAACGCCAGUUUUAAAAAGAAAAAAGCAAAGCGCAAAAAGAUAAAUCAGAAUUCAAGUAAAGAGAAGAUUAAUAAUGGACAAGAAGUCAAAAUCGAUCAGAGAAAUGUUAAAAAAGAGUUCACUAGCCAUGCUUUCGAUUCUCAUAUCUUAGAUUAUUAUGAAAAUCCAGCCAUCAAAGAGGACGUAUCAACGUUAGUAGGUGAUGAUUUGGCAUCUUGCAAAGAUGAGACUGAUGAAAGCUCAAAAGAAGAAACUGAGCCUCAAGUGCUGAAGUUUAGAGUCACAUGCAACAGGGCAGGAGAGAAACAUUGCUUUACCUCAAAUGAGGCUGCAAGAGAUUUUGGGGGUGCUGUUCAAGAUUAUUUUAAGUGGAAGGCUGACAUGACCAACUUUGAUGUGGAGGUUCUUUUGAACAUCCAUGAUAAUGAAGUCAUUGUGGGCAUUGCAUUGACUGAAGAGAGUCUCCACCGAAGAAAUAUAACACAUUUUGGACCUACAACUCUUAGAUCAACUCUUGCCUAUGGGAUGCUCAGGCUCUGUGAUCCUCUGCCUUAUGAUAUAAUAGUCGACCCAAUGUGUGGAACUGGGGCAAUACCAAUAGAGGGGGCUACUGAAUGGUCUGACUGUUUCCAUAUUGCUGGUGAUAAUAAUCCACUGGCUGUGAAUAGAGCAGCAAAUAACAUUGCAUCUUUAUUGACCAAGAGCCAAAUUAAAGAAGGCACCUUUCCUUUGUCCCCACAGCAAACCAUCCUGGGGCUUGCCCAUAGAUGCUGUUCAGUGGGAUAUCUGCAAUCUGCCAUUGAGAACUGGCUCUGUGGAUAUUAUUGUAACAGAUUUGCCAUUUGGAAAAAGGAUGGGAUCCAAGAAGAGAAACUGGAACCUUUAUCCAGCUUGCCUACGGGAGAUGAGCCGUGUCUGCACACCUACCACAGGCCGAGCUGUGCUACUUACUCAAGACACAAAAUGCUUUACCAAGGCGUUAUCUGGAAUGCGACAUGUAUGGCGAAAGGUGGAUACAGUCUGGGUGAACGUUGGUGGUCUUCGUGCUGCAGUUUAUAUUCUGAUACGUACACCUCAAGCUUUUGUUCAUCCUUCAGAACAAGAUGGAGAAAGAGGAACUCUUUGGUAAUGCAAAGAAUGAAGAUGACUAAUAGUACUUGUACUUCCCACGACUGGAAAUGUUAGCAUAAAAGAACUUGGAGAGAAAAAUAGUAUUAACAAAAGUGCAGUCUGCACUCUUUAAACCUGUUUAAGGCUCUUCAUCCUGGUUAGCAAAAGGUGUGAAUGUAAUGUGAUGAUAAGUUUUAUGAGAGCAGGCACAGUGGCUCACAACUGUAAUUCCAGCAGUUUGGGAAGCCGAAGUGUGCAGAUCACCUGAGGUCAGGAGACCAGCCUGGCCAACAUGGUGAAACCCCGUCUCUACUAGAAAUACAAAAAUUAGCCAGGUGUGGUGGCGGGCGCCUGUAAUUCCCAGCUACUCAGGAGGCUGAGGCUAGAGAAUCACUUGAACCCAGCAGGCGGAGGUUGCGGUGAGCCAAGAUCACGCCAUUGCACUCCAGCUUGUGCGACGAGCGAAACUGUCUCAAAAAGAUUUUAUAAGAAUGCAGAGCUUUUCCUUGAAGCUCUUUUGAAGUGGUAGCUUAAUUAGUAUUUUGUUGAAAAUACUUUAAAUUAGAUGUCUAGUGAAAAGCCUACUAAAGUGCUGUGAGAUUGGGGUUUAGAACAUUUUAUUUUCAGGCUUUAUGGCCUAUUUUCCAUUGUGUUAAGUGCAAAACUACCCUGGCCCAAAGGAAGGGCAGAGAACAUAAUUACAUCUUAGGCCACAUUUCAUUGUCUUUGCAGCUUUGCUAAUCCAGUUGCUCAAUUUCUUUACCUCAACCUGAAGGCAUGAAGCAUUAUUACAUUUUGUGAAUGGUGUUCAGCCUAUAAGACGAAGUCUCACAAGACCUAUAGGAAAGUUUACCAUCUGCCUUAAAUAUUAAAAUAUCCAUCGGUUAUUCACAUUAAUACACAGAAUGAAAAUAGAGAUCUAGGAAUUAUCCAAGGUACUGCAAAAAUACUGUUAGUAUAGAACAUUUCUAUUUGUAAAUAGCACAUACAUUGAUAGAUGGGGUAUGGGACCAACAAACCAAAUUAAAAGAAACUGUUUUUCUUUCAGUA